AUGGGAGGAGGAGAUCACCAGUGCAUGGCCGCCGUGGCCGCCAGUGGAGGCGUCAGUGUGGAAGCUGCGUUGAGGCCUCUGGUUGGUGCAGACGCCUGGGACUACUGCAUCUACUGGAGGCUGUCUCCUGACCAGAGGUUCUUGGAGAUGACUGGGUUCUGUUGCAGCAGUGAGUUUGAGGCACAGGUUUCAGCACUUGGCGACCUGCCCUCAUCGAUCCCACUGGGCUCCUCAUCCGCAGGGAUGCAUGCCGAGGCAAUGGUGUCCAACCUGCCGAUUUGGCAGACCAGCUGCGCAUCAGAGCUCCCAACAAGCUACCCCAGUCCCGGAUCAGGCGGCCCGAGGACGCGGCUGCUGGUGCCAGUCGCCGGCGGCCUCGUCGAGCUCUUCGCCUCGAGACACAUGGCGGAGGAGGAGCAGAUGGCAGAGCUGGUCAUGGCGCAGUGCGGGGUGUUGUCCAGGACGGGCGCCGGCGAGGGGAACGAGGACGGUGCCGUCCAGGCGUGGGGGGAGGAGCCUGGCUUCGCGUGGGACUCCGGCGCCGCGGCGGGCUCGGACACGCAGCGGAUGUAUGCGGUGGCGGCGUCGUCGCUCAACCUGUUCGACGCUGCGGGCAGCGUCGCAGCGGACCCGUUCCUGGCGGCGCAGCAGGCAUCGGGCGCGGUGGUCGACGACGCGGCGGCGGGCGGGUGGCAGUACGCGGCGGGCGGGAGCGAGCCGUUGGUGGCGGUGCAGCAGGAGCAGCUGCACGGGGCGCGGGCGGCGGGCGCGGAGUCGGGGUCGGAGGGAAGCGACAUGCAGGGGGACCCGGAGGACGACGGCGAUGGCGAGAUGCAGGGGCUGGGAGGCGACGGCAAGGGUGGCGGGAAGCGGCAGCAGUGCAAGAACCUCGAGGCUGAGCGGAAGCGGAGGAAGAAGCUCAACGACCGGCUCUACAAGCUCAGGUCGCUCGUCCCAAACAUCACCAAGAUGGAUCGCGCGUCGAUUCUUGGGGACGCGAUCGACUACAUCGUGGGGCUUCAAAAUCAGGUGAAGGCGCUGCAAGACGAGCUGGAGGACCCCAGCACGCCGGCGGACGGCGCGCCCGACGUGCUCCUGGACCACACGCCACCGGCGAGCCUCGUCGGGCUUGAGAACGAAGACUCACCGCGCACGAGCCACCACCAGCAGCCGCUCACCGGCGGCAAGAGAGCCCGUGCGGCGGAGGAGGAGAAGGGGCACGACAUGGAGCCGCAGGUGGAGGUGCGGCAGGUGGAGGCGAACGAGUUCUUCCUGCAGGUGCUGUGCGAGCACAAGCACGGUCGCUUCGUCCGGCUCAUGGACGCCAUGAACGCGCUCGGCCUCGAGGUCACCAAUGUCAACGUCACCUCCUACAAGUCCCUCGUCCUCAACGUCUUCCGCGUCGUCAUGCGGGACAACGAGAUGGCGCUGCAGGCGGACAGGGUAAGGGAGUCGCUGCUGGAGGUGACGCGGGAGUCGUACGGCGGCGUGUGGUCGUCGUCGGCGCCGCCGGUGGGGAGCAGCAUCGACGCCAAGCUCGAUGGCAUCGACGUCAAGCUAGAUGGCAUCGACGUGCAGGCACCGGCCGCGGCAGAGGAUCAUUACGGCGGCUAUAACCAUCUUCUGCGAUACCUCGCUUGAUUAUUAAUUUACUGUUAGUUCGUGUUCAAUCAAGGGAUCGACAAAUAAACGGGUUCCGUAAGUAACUAGCUAUGAACUACUUG